UUCAACCCCCGUGGAACCGGUUGUGUUUUCGCCCCCUGGAGACACACGUGUUCUUACGCGAAACCUUCAUUGACGAGACCGAGCUGUUUGGCGUUUACGAAAUUUUUUCGUAUAGGUGAGUCUCUCAACUUAGAAAAUAGCCCGCAGGGGUCUUUUCCGACCGGUUAUGAACAUCUUUAUCCCUCCCCGCGGGGCGACCGGUGUUUUUAUAUUUUCAAUAUCCGCCCGCGCGCCCCAUUUUCACGUUCUGAAGGAGGGAAUUUUUAAUAAAGUUUUUUGCCCAAUCGAAACAUCUUCCAGACAGGCGAGUUUCUGAAGUGAAGGAUCUCGAAAAGAGUCUUCAAAGACAGAGAGAUUAAAGGCCGGCAAAUAAAUGCCGUUCGUCAUUGAGGAAAACUUUUCACUCUUAAAUUAAGAAGUCAACUUUAAAUGGAAAAAGUUUCACAUGGUUUCAAAAAUCAUGUGAACGAUUAGGUUAUAAUUUUUAGAUCCUAAAAUGUUUAUAGUUGCUUUAAAAUUUAUACUGCUUUUUUCUGCGGUUUCUUCAUUUCAGAUGCCAGAUUACACGUUUGCUGUGGGUAUUUUUUAUAGGAGGAAUUAUAGCUUCCAGUGCGCAGGGGGCAUUGUAUCCCCCAACGCCGUCCUCACGAGUUGCAGCUGCAUCGGGAUGUUCGACAAGAGAAAAGAUAACUUCUACGACUUCAUCCCUUUAGACGUGAACAAAUUUUUUAUAGCAACUAUAAUGUCGGACAACAAAACUUACGAGAUACAGAAACAGUUGGUUCACGGGCACUGCAAACCUAGCAAGUACGACGAGGACCUGUACGUCUACGAUUUGGGCGCGUGGAAGAUAAAAGGGACUUUCGACAAGUCCGUCCCAAUGAUGGAGGUGCAAAAUUCGCGAUCCAUAUCGCUGCAAGAGCUGUCUGAGAGUAAUCCGAUGUGCCAGAUCUUGGUCAACGAGAAUCCGAUCGUGUGGAGCUUACGUUCGUACCGUUUAGACAUCAGCGACCCGGUGAAUUGCGGAAAGCGCCACUGUUACUUCAGCUCAGACAAGACGAAGGUCGUCUGUACAGAUCUCCUCGCCCAGGACGUCAAGGAAGGGACGAUCUGCUCGACCUUCGACUACAACGCGACGAGGAAGUUGGACAGCAGCCGGGGUUCGCCAGUGAUCUGCGAGGGCAGCGUCUGGGGUAUUGUUUCUUCAAACAGAAAAACGUCCGUCCUCUGGAGCAGAAUUGAUUGGGAAAACAACAUGGACUUCCUUUACAUGGUCAACGAGACUAUCAAAACAAUGUCACUGUCUUCCAGUCAUUGUUCAGAUUUAAUUUUAGUUCUGAUAUUUUCUAUAGGAUUCGUUAUGUUCAUGUAAAUAUGUUGAUCGACCUUUGACAUGUUAUUUUUUUAAAUGAAAGUGAGCAAGUCAAUAAACGAAUUUUGCGCGAAACACGAUUUGGCACUAACACCUCUUAUAACAAGUGCCAAAAAUAAUCAAUUGUAAUCUAGCACAUUAACUGCAGAGUCUGUAAAACAUUAUGCCGUCAUAUUUUUUAUUUCAAUAACACAUGGUUGUCUUUUUUAA